AUGCCACAAAACUAUGAGAAGCCUAAGAAAUAUGUGCCAGGGCCUGGUGACCCUGAACUGCCACCUCAACUGACAGAGUUUCAAAAUAAGAAUACCGAUGAAGUAAUCGAAGAGUUGAAUAGAAUGCCUUUUUUCAUGACCAAAUUGGAUGACACAGAUGGAGAUGGGGGAAACAACUUGGAGCUUGAGGCUUUAAAGGCUUUGGCUUACGAAGGGGAGCCUCACGAGAUUGCGGAAAACUUCAAAAACCAGGGCAAUGAUCUGUACAAGGCUAAGAGGUACAAAGAAGCAAGGGAAAUGUAUAAUAAAGGAUUGGAAAUCAAAUGUGAUGUUGCAAAAAUCAAUGAAGCGCUCUAUUCAAAUCGUGCUGCCUGUGAAUUGGAGCUUAAAAACUACAGACGUUGCAUCAACGACUGCAAGCACGCCUUACAACAUGGGCCGAAGAAUAUUAAAUGUUACUUCAGGAUGGGUAAAGCUUUCUUUGCUUUGUCUAAACUAGAUGACGCAGAGGAAGCAGUAAAUUUUGGGCUGAAGUUUGAUUCUUCUAAUGCAUCCUUAAAAUCGCUGCUAGCUCAGAUUGUAAAGACAAAGGAAGAUCUUCUUGCUCAAGAAGCGAAGAGAUUGGCUGAGCUCAAGGAAAAGGAAAAGAAACAAGCACUUCUCGAUGCCGCUCUUAUUUUGCGUAACUACACCUUGGUGAGCACUUCAAGUCCCCCUGAAUUCUUAGAGCAAACCAAGCUAUACCUAGAAAAUGAUGAAGACAUCGAGUCGCAAUUGAUUUUCCCCUCAGUAAUAGUUUACCCUACUAUUGACGAAAUAGAUUUUGUUGCAUCGGUGGGAGAAUUGAGCACACCCGGAGAUCUCGUGGAUAUUGUUUUGCAACGACCACAGGAGUGGUUCGAACAAGAAAACCACCGUAGCUUCACCCCAAAGAACCUCAUCUGUUACAUGGAAACCGAAAGUGGAGGUUUAACGAAAGUCGGUAAAAAGGUCAGCUUCCAUGAUGUUCUAAAGCUUGAAAAGCCAAAUGUGCCUCUGUUUGAUAAGGCACUCAGGGUAUACAUGGUACCCAAGUCGGAGAGUACGCAAUGGUUAGAAAAAUGGGAUAAAAACGAGGCACUGGAAAGACGCCUCAAGAAUUAA